AUGUCUACACGAUCAACAACUCGACGACCGGCGUCUCCUGCCGAUAGUUUAAAUUUAUCUCGUGCACAAGAAAAAGAACAGUUAGAAACACUGAAUAAUCGGCUGGCUGUUUAUAUUGACACUGUUCGACGUCUUGAACAAGACAAUGAAAAAUUAAAAAAUGUUAUAUCUACUUAUUCAGAAUCCUACGAGAGUGAAACAUCAAAAGUAAAAACAUUGUAUGAACGUGAAUUAGAAGAUGCAAAAAAAUUGAUUGAAGAAUUAGCGCGUGAAAAGUCACGUCUGGAAAUUGAAGUUGAAAAGGCUGGUGCUGAAGCGCAAGACGCUUUAGCAAAACUCGGUCGAAAAGAACGUGAAGCACGUGCUAAUGAAACACGUUUAAAGCAAUAUGAAAAUGAGAUUGGUGACUUAAAAGCGCGAAACGAUUCUAUUAUACUUGACGCAAAUAGAAAAACAGAUGACAAUGUUGCACUUCGUGGUCUCAAUAGCGACCUUGAAAAGCAGGUCGCUUCACUAAAACGACAGUUGGAAUCAGAAACAUUAUUACGUGUUGAUUUGGAAAACAAAAAUAAAACACUGAGAGAAGAAUUGCAGUUUGUCGAACAAGUUCAUAAUACGCAAAUAGAGCAAAUCAAACAACAAAAAAACAUUCAUGUUCAACAUUUCGGUGCUGGUAUACGUCGAGAAUAUGAUGAUCGUUUGUUGAAUGAAUUACAACAAUUACGCAUGCAGACCGAUCACGAAAUGCAAUCUGUUCGAGAUGAAAUCGCAGGUCAAUACGAAAAGAAGAUUGAAGAUCUUCAAAAUACCAUUCGUCGAAAUGAGGAAAAAGUUGGUUCAUACCGUUCUGAUAUGACAACAUAUCGUGAUCGUAUUGAAGAAAUCACAAAAACACGCGAUGGUUUAAAUGAUAAAGUUAUGUUUCUGGAACAGCGUUGUCGCGAAUUGGAAGAUCGUUUACAUCGUGCACAACAGAAACAAGAUGAUUUUCUAUCAGAGCGAGAAGAUGAAAUACAACGGUUAAAACAACACAUUGAACAAAUGCAAAUCGAAUAUCAAAAUUUAUUAGAUAUUAAAAUUGGUUUAGAUAGAGAAAUAGCGACUUAUAGAAAAUUAUUAGAAUCAGAAGAAGAACGAUUGAAUAUAUCUGGUAAUUCAUCUCGUAUUGAUCAGAGUAGUAUGGUUACAGAUCAUGCAACGACAAGUGGUUCAACCACAACAUUUGAUACAAGCAGUUAUCUGACACAUCGUCAAAAACGUCCCCGUUAUGAAGAUGAUUUAACGUUGCCAGAGGAUUUAUUGACGCGUACAAGUAAUGCUAGUGUUGGUCACCAACAAUUAUUGGAUGGCAUUAAUAUUAUCGACGAUGAUAGUACCCAUCCAAAAUAUGUUAAACUUGUCAAUAAUACAAAUCAAGAUCUUCAACUAAAUGGUUGGGUUUUGAAACGUAAGGUUGGUAAUCAAACAUAUGAGCAUAAGUUUCAACGUGGUAUGUUACUUAAAUCUGGUUCAACAUCAACAAUCUGGAGUAAUGAUGCGAAUGAAAUAACACAUGAACCACCUGGAAAUAUCAAACUUCGAACAAAUAAAUGGUUUACAGGAAGUUCUGAAACUAAAAAAACUAUACUUGAAGAUUCAGAAGGUCGUGUAAGUAUAUCAGUUCUUUCAUUUCAUUUUAUUCUAGUGAUUAGUUAUCAUUGUCUUGUUACUCAUUUAGAUCGUUGCCGAAAAGACGACGACUGUAAAGUAGAUAAGAGUAUUUAG